GCUUUAAAGAUCAAAUCUUUAUAAAACUGCUAAAACCCUAAAACGCGAACGACUGCGUUGGAGUCUCUGUACUGUAACUACUUGGAUCACCUAGAGGUCGUACAACAAUGGCGAUUGCUGCUUCAUUGAACGAAGAAACAGCAAAGAAAGUCCUUCGUCAGGUUGAGUUUUACUUCAGCGAUAGCAAUCUUCCGAGAGAUAAUUUCCUGAAGAAAUCGAUCAAUGAGAGCGAAGAUGGAAUGGUUAGCUUGGCAUUGAUAUGCUCGUUCUCUCGGAUGAAAUCUCAUCUCAACCUGGGGGAUGCGAAGCUGGAAGACGUGUCUGAGGAUGUAGUGAAGGCUGUGGCUGAAGUCCUGAGGAAAUCUGCUUCUCUUAAAAUUUCUGAGGAUGGUAAGAAAGUUGGAAGGUCUACUGAACUUGCAAAACCAGAAGAGGUUAUGGAGCAAGUAGAUAUAAGAACAAUUGCUGCUGGACCUCUUGAGUAUAAUGUGAAGCUUGAAGAUGUAGAGUCCUUCUUUAGUCAAUAUGGCAAGGUAAAUAGUGUUAGGCUGCCUCGUCGUGUUUCAGACAAGAGGUUCUUUUGUGGUAGUGCUCUGAUUGAGUUCUCUACAGAGGAAGAUGCUGAAAAUGUUUUAAGAAAAGAAUUGGUUUAUGCAGGAGCUGAGUUAGAACUAAAACCAAAGAAGGAUUUUGAUGCUGAAAGGGCAAGACUGCUGGAAGAAUUUGAGAGAUCCAAUUCCUCCACAGGUUCAAACAGUAGGAACAGUUCAGGUUCGGAUUCUAGCUAUCCAAAAGGCUUAAUUGUAGCAUUUAAAUUGAAGAGUUUGUCCACCGAAGAAUCUGCAGAAAAAAAUGGUAUUCAUGAGACAACAGAUGAUAAUGAAGAUGCUAGCAAGUUAAGCAAGGAAUCGGAUUCAGCAAUAAAUGCUCCUAAAGAAGGUGAAAAGGAGGUAUCAGAAAAUGUUGAAGAUAUUGAAAAGGAACCAAUCAAUAAUACUGACGAGGAUAUAAGAGAAAAAGCUGAUAAGAAAACUGCUGAGGAGAGUGAAGAAAAUGAGACUGAAGACAAGGGAUCUCCUGAAGACUCUUGUCUAGAAGGUGAGGAUAAGGCAAUGGUUGGAGAAAAAAAUUAUGCUGCUGCUCUGUACAAGGAUAAUAAGGACAUCGUAAUGCGUGAAGAUUUGAAGGAUGUAUUUCAAAGAUUUGGCACAGUUAAGUUUGUUGAUUACAGAAUCGGGGAAGAUUCAGGGUACAUUCGGUUUGAAGAGCCAGAAGCAGCUCAGAAAGCUCGUGCUGCAGCUGUGCUAGUUGAGCAAGGUGGUCUGGUCGUGAAGAACUUUAUCGCUACCUUGGAACCAGUAACUGGUGAUGCUGAAAAGGAUUACUGGAGCCUACUCCGUGGUAAUCAGGAUAGGCACAGGGACAGUAGAGGGAAUCGAGGAAGGGGAGGUAAACACAGAGGUGGGAGGCAUUUUGGAGGUAAACAUGCUCGCUCGAAAGAAAAUAAUUCAACCUUCGGCCGACCAAGUAAAGCUCAGAAAGUAGCUGCUGCUUGAGUGUAUUGUCAAAAAGAUGUAUCACAUUCUCAUGAGAAUGCAUGGUAGUCUACUACAAGCUAAAAUUUUCUAUCUUAUUACAUAGUCUUUUUUUUUUUUUUGGG